GUCUCCGACACACACGCACACCUUGGCUUUAUCUGGAAUCAUAUCUCAGUUCUCUUCGUCAGCUCUCUGAAUAUGUACAGAUUCACGCGACGUAUUCUUUUUUAACCUCUUUGAGAACAUUCUUUCACUGAAAUAACGACAAGUGCAUUGUGCAGCGAGAGCUUUCUAUUAUAAAAAUGGCCGAGAACGUGACGUCGAGGUCGAUGUUCGAGUUUCAGGAGUUGACACUGGGCGCGAUAGACUACUCCCUGUUCGGCAGCUUGAUUGCCUUGAGUCUCGUGAUCGGGCUCUACUUCGGAUUUUUCAGCAAGCAAAACAGCACCAAUGAGUACCUUUUCGGGGGUAAAACCAUGGGUUUCGUUCCCGUUGCCUUCAGCAUGCUGGCAGGGCACGUCUCGGGCAUCACAUUGCUAGGCGUACCAACGGAGGUCUACCAGCACGGCUCUGCGUACUUUCUCGUCAUCAUCACGAUCGUACUGACCUGCUCGGCAACUAGCUACAUCUUCGUGCCGGUAUUCUACAAGCUCCAGUUGGCCAGUGUGUACGAGUACCUGGAGGUCCGGUUCUGCCGGAAAAUACGCAUGCUCGCCUCUAUGCUCUACAUCAUCUCGCUGGUCAUGUACAUACCGCUGGUCGUCUACGCGCCGGCUCUGGCUUUCUCGCAAAUCACCGGCUACAGUCUUUACGCCAUCGUCCCUGUGCUCUGCUGCAUCUGCAUCGUCUACACCAGUCUCGGAGGAGUCAAGGCAGUGAUAUGGACGGACACGAUACAGCUGGUGUUUACGGUGGGCGGACUUCUCGCGGUGUUCUUCAUUGGAGUUAAUUCGGUGGGGGGAUUUUGGCAGGUCAUCUCCAUUGCGAAGGAGGGAAAUAGAACUGAUAUUUUCGAUAUGAGUCCGAGCCUCUACGUGCGGAAGUCCUUUUGGGGAAUGACCAUAAGCCACACGGUAUUAUUGAUCUCCCACUUCGGAGUCAGCCAAAACUGCGUCCAGCGAUUCCUGUCGAUCUCGAGACAGAGGAACGUCAGAAAAGCUAUAUUCAUACUGGCCAUUGGAAUGAUAAUCAUGAAGUUCACGUGUGCGUUGACCGGACUGACCAUGUACGCUUACUACCACGAUUGCGACCCGCUGAAAGCUAAGAUCGUAAAGCGCAGCGACCAGGUUCUCCCGUACUACGUUAUGGACAUCGCCGGCCACCUGUCCGGUCUGCCGGGCGUUUUUCUCGCUGGUCUCGUGAGCUGUGCGCUUUCCACGAUGAGCGCCGCCCUGAACACGCUCGCGGGCACGAUUUACGACGACUUCAUUGAUCACUGGCUGCCCGAGAGCUCCGGUAAAGAAGUCCGAGCAACGACCAUCAUGAAGAUAAUCGCCGUGAUCGUCGGCCUGCUCGGCAUGGGCAUGACCUUCGUGGUGCAGCACCUGGGCACGGUCUUCGAGAUCUCGCUGAGCAUCAGGAGCGUGGUCGAGGGCCCGCUCCUGGGCCUCUUUGUCAUGGGCAUGAUGAUCCCCUGGGUGGGCCGUAAAGGAGCCAUGUACGGCUGCCUCGUCGGCCUGGCACUCAUGCACUGGCUCGUCAUUGGCAACCAGUGGAACGUCUACAAUAAGCGCGUGAAGCGCGUCGGCCUGCCCACCUCCGUCGAGUCAUGCCCGGCUUCGAUCGUUCCGGGGAACGCGACGAUCAACAUAGUCGAGGAUACUGGUCAAGACGAGGAGCCAUUUUUCCUCUUCCGAAUAUCUAUGAUACACUUCAAUCUAAUCGGCACGCUGAUAACUGUUGUCGCGGGCAUUGCCACCAGCUUUAUCAUAGGCGAGGUCGAUACGGACAAAGUCGAUUCCGAGCAUAUAACGCCGUUCAUGAGGAGAUUUCUCCCGAAAAAGAAGUAUGCGGAAGUGCCGCUGAAAGAAAUUUCCGGUGACAAAAUAACCGAGAAAGAAAUGCAGAUGAUGGAUUCCAAAAAGAUGCUUUCUCAAACCGCUACGAUCACGCGGUUAUGAUUUUAAAAAUCAUUAAUUUCGAAACGAUUAAAACGCGAACGAUUUCGAAACUCAAUUCAAGUUGUGCACCAGGUGCAUACAUAUCGUAGAGAAUUUCUUAUAUAUAAGACUGAUAAAUCCGUCUAAUCAACAAUCUUGUGUAAUACUAACCAUGCUCUAAUUAAAGUAUUUUUCUAAAUAAACGUAUAUCUGUUGUUGUUGAGAAACUCCUCCUUGAAGUAGCAUUUUAACGUCCCUUGUUAUAACGCCACAAACUAUGUACUAUAGGAAGUGAAAAAUGUGAGAAUGCGUGAAAGGGAUAUGGAAUAAAUCAAAUAAAGAGGGUCUUUUAACAUAUGUGCCUUGAGAUUCGAGAUACUUACAUUGGCUGUGUUCG